UUUGUCAUAGGGUGAGUUUUAUAGUGUCAACAAAACAAGAGAGGUGAACUGUUAAAGGACCUGUUGGUGUUUACAAGGUGGCAUUUGGCUCUUCAAGCAAGACAAAUCUUUAAUUUUUUCCCCAAACAAUCUUAACAUCUAUCAACGAGCCAGAGACAGAACCUGCAGCCUCUUACCAUAAAGGGACAAAUCCAACAUAUAGAUCAUAACUACUUACAAAAAUACAAAAUACUCCACACUGUACUGUCCUCAUUUAUAGUGGGAACUGGGAGGAGAAGCUUAGGGACAGCAAGACACUUUUUAUAAAACAGGAAAGAGGGGUUUCCACGGUUCACCCAGAGGAAACAUAAACAUACACAGAACAGAAAAAAGACACGCCAGUAAUUUAAGUGUUAGACGCUUAAACUUCAUACAUCAUCCAACAUAAUGUCUCGCUGGGGGCGGAAAAAUGACAAGAAGGCCCCUGAGGUGAUUCGCACCGUCACGGAGGGGCUGAAGUCACUCUACCGUAAGAAACUCCUGCCAUUGGAGCAGUACUACAGCUUUCACGAUUUCCAUUCGUCGAGCCUGGAAGAUGCUGAUUUUGACAACAAACCCAUGGUGCUGGUGGUGGGACAGUACUCUACAGGAAAGACCACCUUCAUCAGGUAUCUUCUGGAACAGGACUAUCCUGGCAGUCGUGUGGGGCCUGAACCCACCACAGACAGCUUCAUAGCCAUCAUGCAUGGAGAAAAAGAAGGAAUCAUUCCUGGAAACGCUCUCAUUGUGGACCCAAACAAGCCCUUCCGCAAACUCAACCCUUUUGGGAAUACUUUUCUGAACAGAUUCCAGUGUGCCCAGCUGCCUAACCAGGUCCUGGAGAGCAUCAGUAUCAUUGACACUCCUGGCAUCCUGUCAGGAGCCAAGCAGAGAGUAAGCCGAGGGUAUGACUUUCCUGCUGUGUUGCGCUGGUUUGCGGAACGUGUGGACCGUAUCAUUCUCCUAUUUGACGCCCACAAACUGGAGAUUUCCGAUGAGUUCUCGGAGGCCAUUGGGGCGCUCAAGGGCAAUGAGGACAAACUGCGUGUGGUGCUGAACAAGGCCGACAUGGUGGGGACUCAGCAGCUGAUGCGAGUCUAUGGUGCUUUAAUGUGGUCUCUGGGAAAAGUCUUCGGCACCCCCGAGGUUCUUCGGGUCUACAUCGGAUCCUUCUGGUCUGAGCCGCUCAUGGUGACAGACAACCGCAAGCUCUUCGAGUUGGAGGAGGAAGACCUGUUCGCCGACAUCCAGAACCUUCCUCGCAAUGCAGCCCUGCGCAAGCUCAACGACCUGGUUAAGAGGGCUCGUCUGGUGAGGGUACACGCCCACAUCAUCAGUUAUCUGAAGCAGGAGAUGCCCUCUGUUUUCCGCAAAGACAACAAGAAGAAAAACCUGAUAUACCAGCUGCCAGUUAUCUUCUCUAAAAUCCAGCUACAGCACCACAUCUCUGCAGGGGACUUCCCCGACUGCGCCAAGAUGCAGGAACAACUUAUGGUUCAUGACUUCACCAAGUUCAAAUCUCUGAAACCCAACCACAUGGCUCUGCUGGACGAGCUGCUGUCUACCGACAUAGCCAAACUGAUGCCCCUCCUGCGGCAGGAGGAACUGGAGGCAGGAGACCAACCUGGGGUACAGGGUGGAGCCUUCCUGGGAACUCGCGCUGGACCGUUCGUGGAGGGAGAUCCCUUUGGUGAGAAAGGGGAAGAGAAUGGUGAGGGAGGCGAGGAAGAGGAGGAUUGGGUCGUAACAAAGGAUAAACCCAAGUACGACGAGAUCUUCUACAACCUGUCGCCAAACGAGGGCAAGCUGAGCGGGAGCAAGGCCAAAGACUGGAUGGUGAGCACGCGACUGCCCAACUCCGUGCUGGGCCGGAUCUGGAAGCUGUCAGACGUGGACCGUGACGGCAUGCUGGACGAUGAGGAGUUCGCAUUGGCCAGCCAUCUGAUUGAGGCAAAGCUCGAGGGGCACGGACUACCCCCCGAGCUGCCUGCUCGACUGGUGCCACCCUCCAAACGCCGGCAAAAAGGCUCUGAUGCCUAGACAAUGGAUCCUGCCCAGAGGUCAACACUGAAAAUCCUUUGAAAAUCUUAAAAGUGCCUUGCCACAGGGGCUGCUAAGUGUCUUCUGCACCACGCUUUCGCAUAUGUAUCUAAGUGUCCCUCUUUCACAUGCCCUGCCUAACACUAAUUUCUUUUAUCUGUCAGACUUAUCUAAAGUAUACACACAAGUGUUCCUUAGCAGGCUGGAAAUUUUUCAGAUUCAGAGAAUAAAGGAAUUAUUUCCUAUUUGUGAUCAGUCUUUUUUUUUUUUAACCAUA